AUGGAUAAGAUACCGAAGCAAGACGAAAUUAUGAUACUGGAGGAUUUUAAUGGAAGGAUUGGUAACGAGGUUAUUAGUGAAAUUAAGAAUCGGUUUAACGAAGAAACACUCAACAGCAAUGGAGAACAACUCAUACAAUUCUGUGCACAUAAUGAACUACGCAUUAACAACACGUUUUAUCCCCAUAAACAACAGCACAAGUAUACGGUCGAGAACACAAGAGGACAUAAAUCGAUUAUAGACUACAUUAUUAUAAACAGAAAUAUUCAUCCCUCAAAAAUAUUAGAUGUCAGAACAUUAACCUCAGUAAAUACAGGGACUAACCACCAUAUGGUGCUAGCCAUAAUGCGGAACUGCGUACAAAGGAAAACCCAGAACAAACCGAAAGUGACAGAAAAGCUGAACAUAGAAAGCCUUAGCGAUGAUACCACAAAAUACCUCUACCAGCAGAGACUAAGGAAGGCAAUAAAUGAAAACAAGAUCUUGAAAGAUGAUACCGUAGAACUAGCAUGGAAAAGAUUAAGUACUAAUAUAAGGACAGCUGCAGAAGAAGCAUUAGGCAAACGAAAGGUGAACACGGAAAGCCCAACACGAAACCAUGGUUCACACACGAAAUCAAAUCACUUGCGGAAGAAAAAAGGAAAGCAUAUCUUCAAUAUAGAAGUCAAACAAUAA